AUGGCUUUUAAAGCAAAAAUAAUAUUGGAACCGCAUAAAAGGAUACCGGGGGAUAUAAAUAUUUUAACUUUUAAAAAGCCGGUUAUUUGCUUUAAAUGCGGGCAAUUAAAUUAUAUCGUUGCAAUAUGCAAAAUACGAACGGAUAACCCGGAAACUCCGUUAGCUUUAGCAACCAUACAAAGGGCAAAAAGGAAAAAGCCCGAAGUACGGUAUUACGGGUAUGGGAAAUUGGGUUAUAUCCGGCCGGCGUGCCCCAAAAAAAGCAAAAUAUCGCCAUCCAAUUCGAUACCGCUAUUUGGCCGUUUAAGCACCGAGGUUUAA